UUCUUCGUCUCUCUAUUUUCAUUAUAAGGAGUAUUUGUUUAGGUUUUUUUUGGUGAAAUUGGUAUCUUUAUGCAUUUGUUUUCCAUGCGGGAAUAUGUUGUGAAAAAAAAUGCAUCGGAUUUACACUCUCCUUGCGGCUCCAAUGGCGUAAGGGAGAUGCAUCUGAUGCAGAAAUCGAACAUAGGUUGGCUUACCAGCCCAUUGCAUCUGUGUUUUGCUCUGGGGUCAAAUGGAUCUUCCGAUAUUCAAUUGCUAACCCUAUUUUAUUUUAUUUGAAUAUUGGAUUCGAUUGUGCGCUAUAUCCACUGCUUUUGGAUGCUAAAAAUCUUCUCUUUUCUGUAAAACCAGUUUUUUUCAUUGGUUAAUUUGGUGUUAUUGAAUCGGUAGAAGGCAAAUGACGAGUACUCUUAUCCUACACACUGAAUGUUGAUGUAGAUCAAGAACUCCGCUUAUUAUCUGAUGCCUUGAUUAAGUCGUAAUUUUCCUGUGUUUUUUUUCUCAUUCUAUGAUCAAAUUUUUCUUGAUUUUAGGUUGUUUAAAAAAAUUAGUUAUUUUCUUGGCCAUUUGAUAUUGGCUUGAAAGUAUUUCACAGUGAUGAGAAAAAGCAGACGGGCGGUCAGAACCUGAUGCCAUGUUGAAUGUCUGCACUCUUCCUAUAUGGAAAUGCUCUGAGGGACUUGCAUUAUUAGCUCUUCUUUGUUGCUUUUAUCUCACAUUUGAAUCCAUUUUUAAUCAAGUUUUAUGUUCACUUCACGAACAUCCAAUGAUGAUCUUGCUAAAUUAUGUCUGGACAUAUGAUAUUUGUCUCUGAUUAUAAGCAAAUUCUGAGCUGAUUCACGAACUGUAUCACUUAACAUUUUGAAGUAAAUGGAUUUUUAGUGCUUGAUAAUGAUUUAAUAUGUAAGAACAGGUGACCCCCAUGGAAAAAUCAGAACCAGAAGUUUCAAGAAUGCUGGACUGCUGGAGUUGUUGCAACUAUAGGGUGUCUUGAUCUGAGCCCUACAUGGAUGACUUGUGACCAUUCAUCAAAAUGAUGGACCAAAUAUGAAAUAGUUGUUACAAUAGGAAACCUUUUUAGUACACAAUUAUGAGCACAGUUGUAUAUCAAUAUUUUACUGUAUUUAUCUUGCUCUAAUUUGUAUACUGUGACCUUGAUGCACUUGUGAUGGUGAUGCUUGGUAUCAUCAAUAUCUUGUACUAGAGUUGAAAGAUAGAAAGUCACAUUCUUUUCACGUGAUCUGCCGAUAAAUGACUAUGUAUCAAUUCAGAAUAAUUUUGUCAUGUGAUCUGUCGGUGUGCCUUCUCCAUUAUUAUGAAUUUAUGGCCUUAUUAUAUGCUGAAUUUAACAGUGACACUGGAAGUCUGUAACACCCUAAAAUGUGCUAGAAAAUCUUCUUUUUUACUUGAAUAGAAUCAAGUCCUUUUGUUUUUAGAUUAAGAAUGAAAUAGCAUUUGUGUCUUUUUUGAUAUUGUGCAUCAGAUAUGAUAAAAAGGUGUCUUUCUAUUAAUUGUUUUGUUCUUGUUGCUGUUGUGUUUGUAUAAGUUGAUAAGCCUGAAGUUUCUCCAUGUAAAAGGAAUCCUUGAAUGUAUUAGCAGUGGUCCCCAGGCAACUACAUCGUCGGUGCAUGAGUGGUAGUAAGUCUCUUACACAAACCCUACCACCUCCAAAUAAUUUUGGCAGGCAACUUAGGACACUGUACUUGGGUUGUUGUAUGAAGAGAUGAGAGACGAAGAGGCGCAAGUUAAGAGUAAUGGUGUUCAGAAGAAAGAAGGCUUCAAAUAUAAGCUAUGGGUGUUGGCUGCAAUUCUUCUGCUAGCUUGUUGGACUAUGUUCACUGGCUCCAUCACUCUUGGCCUCAAGUGGAAACACCUUUCUCCAAAACCUGAUUCUCCUGCCAUCCAUGAUGAUCUUGAUCUCUUGGAUGUCGAGGAAAGAGAGAAGGUGGUGAGGCACAUGUGGGAUGUCUACACAGAGAGUAGAACUUCAAGAUUGCCAAAGUUCUGGCAAGAAGCUUUCGAGGCGGCCUACGAGGAUAUGAUGAGUGAUUACUCUGCUGUCCGGGAUGCUGCUGUGACUGAGAUUGCCAAGAUGUCUCUUCACUCCUCUGCCAAACCAGAAUCCAGGGAAACGCAGAGCGGAAAUGACAAAGAAGAAAGUUAAUUAGUGUUCUUGUUGUAAUGGUUAUUGUAAUACACACUUCCAUUUCAUUUAAUAAAGUUCGAUUGGCGUUUGGUUUUAUAAGAAAUAAAUUAGUGUUUGUUUUUCGAA